GUCCCUGUGCCAGCCUCUCCGUCUGCCCCUUGGCAGCGCAGGCUCCGCGGCCGACUGCAUCGCGGCGGGCUAGACCCGGUGCGGCUCCGGCUCCAUCUUGGCCCCGGGCACCUGUGGCGGCUGCAGGAGCAGAGCUUCCGCCGGCCCGUGCGGCCCUGGCGGCGACAGGGCAGCCAUGAGUUUGAGGCACCCUGAACCAGGUGCCCGGGAACCGCAGAGUCCCCGCCCACAGCCCCUGUCCCAGAGUUCUUCCAGCUUGCUGUGUGAAGGUCGGGAGCAGAAGCCAGAGCUGCGCAAGAGUGCCAGCAGCACUGUGUGGCAGGCACAGCAGGGUGAGGCCAGCCCUAGUCCCCGGACCCUGGAGGAAGACGGGUGCCAGGCUGAGAGCGUGGAGCAAGCACAGACCCGAAGCCCACGGUCCCAGGCUGGUGCCGCAGGCCACUGGAGGAGCAGCACUGUUGGCAAUGUGUCUGCCAUGGGCAUGGGUGGCCUGUGUCGCCUACAGGCCCCCAGCAUGGCAGCUGUGCAGAGGAGUCACUCAGACUUGGUCCACAGUACCCAGACCCGGGGUCACAGCAGUGUUCAGAAGGCCAGCCUCAGCUGUUCCGCCCUUGGCAGCUCACCUGUCCACAGGGCUCAGCUGCAGCCUGGCAGUGUUGCUGGCCAAGGUGGCCAGACCCAUGAAGUCCUGCAAAGUGACCCAGCUCCAGAGGAUGGGACUUCUAGAUCAGCCUGCUUGUUGGGGGAGAGUCAGGUAUGGGUACCAACUGUAGAACUGGAAGGUACAGCUGGACUCAUCCGAAGUCCCCAGGGUGGACCCAAAGGUACUGGACAGCCAUCUACCACUCCCUGCCAUGCUGUGCCCCCGGCAGCUCUGCUCUGCACCAUGAGGGAGGCUGCAGCUGGUGGCUGCUGCCAUGCCUUGCCUGCCGCAGGCAUCCUGGCCUUUCCCAAAUUGGUGGCAUCAGUGAGUGAAUCUGGGUUGCAGGCUCCGUGUGGGGUGAAAUUCCACUGUAAAUUGCCUGGUGGGAUCUCUGGGCACCCUCACUGCUGUGUCCACCCAUGGGGUCCUGCAGGGCUAGCCACAGAGUCUGGCUCCAGGACCAAAGAUGUGUGGACCAUGACCUCAGCCACUGAUUUGGCCCUGGGAGUGGCAUCAGCCCAGGAUGCUGGGGUUCAGGCAGCUCCAGUGGCAGCCUGCAAGGCUGUGGCUACCAGCCCAUCCCUGGAAGCCCCCGAGACUAUGAACAUAUUCCCAGAGGUAAUGCUGGGGUCCAGCCUGGAAGAGGCAUCAUCGCCUGUGAGGGAUGUGCGAUGGGAUGCCGAGGGCAUGACAUGGGAGGUGUAUGGAGCCUCAGUUGACCCCGAGGUGCUUGGUAUUGCCAUCCAGAAGCACCUGGAGAUGCAGUUUGAGCAGCUGCAGCAGGCGCCAGCCAGUGAGGAUGGCCUGUCUACGGAGGGCCGGAGGGGCCCUCUGCGGGCUGUCAUGCAGUCGCUGCGCCGCCCCAGCUGCUGUGGCUGCUCUGGAGCAGCUCCAGAAUGAAGAGCUGUGACCCUGAGGCUGGCCGUGACCGAGGCACAGCAGAGACUCCAUGUCACCAGGAGCCACCCUCUCACUUGAACACCAGCCUGGGGCUCGUGGUUCCACGCAGCUGGGCUAUCCUUUAAGGGCUUUAUUCCCAAGACUCACUUCUCCGUCCGUCCUGGGCUCUGAACUUUGGGACAGGGGUUUUGCACUGCACAUAGUGAAGUCUUGAGUUCUUUCCUGUGAAAAUACUUAACCAUUUGUUUAGGCUGUC